CGGGAAUCUUGAUUUGGGUUUUUAUAUUUAUAUUUUCGUCAUCAUCAUAUUGGGUUGUUUAAAGUUCAAAUGUUUCUAAUUUCUUGAGAUUAUGAUAAGUAUCAAGAUGAGUGAAUUAUUUGUGAAGAAAGAUGUUGAAAAACUGCUACAUAAUAAGUUUAUUGUUGUUUUGGGGUCUUCAGUACAGAGGAGUAUGUAUAAAGAUUUGGUAAAAAUAUUAAGAAACGAUGAAUAUAUAACUGAUGGGGAACUGAGAGCUAAGGGUGAAUUGAAUUAUCAAGGAGAUGAGUUGCUUGAUGGAGGUCGAAAAUCCAAGUUGACAAACUGUAUUUCAUAUCGAGAAGUUCGAGAAUAUAAAACAGAUUUCCAUUUAAUACGAUUCCAUUUUAUUACAAGAUGUUACAAUAAAUAUGUGGAGAAUAUAUUUAAUGAGUUAAAACAAGAUACACAACAGCCUGAUGUAGUUAUAAUCAACUCCUGUCUUUGGGAUAUUACCAGGUAUGGUUUAGGUACAGAAUCCAUUGAAGCCUACAGAAAAAAUCUCCAUUUAUUGUGUAAAAAGCUGAAGGAAGUUUUGCCCAAUGAUACAUUGGUCAUCUGGAAUUCUACUAUGCCGGUUGAUAAAGAAGCUAGGGGUGGAGUUUUUGUCCCAGAAGUAGAGACGGCUAAAAACCAACUUGGGGUAAAAAUAUUGGCCUGUAAUCUGAUUGCUCAUCAUAUAGUUUCAUACUAUGGUUUCGACUACCUUGAUCUUCAUUUCUUCCUUAGACAUCAUUUACACAGAAGGGCAGAAGAUGGCGUCCAUUGGGAUAUGACAGCUCACAGACGCAUGACAAAUCUUAUUCUUUAUCAAAUAUCAGAAGCUUGGGGAUCAGAUUUUGGUAAAAAGACAGAACCUGAACCACAGAAAUCUGUCGUUUCUGCAAAUCAGAAUCGCAACCAAAAUCCUAUUACAAGUCAGACACUGCCUAAACAAAAUGUCGUCGCGCAGAAACAAAUUUCUGGCAAAAAGAAAAGGAAAAGGAAUAGAAACAAAAAUAUAUGUUAUCCGAUGCCUUAUACUAAUGACCUUGAAGAUUUCACAAACGAUUAUUUAUUUAGCGAUAAUGAUCAAGAUUUCAUGUUUCCACAGGGACCUGUUUGUCCAGAUGAAAAUAUUAAUCCAAAUUUACACAAUGCUCAAAAUAAUUAUCAGCAAAAUGCAUAUUUUCAAAAACAAUAUUUUAGUCAACAUCAACAACAAUUCCAGCAGAAAUUCCAGUGGCAGGAAUAUCCUCAAGAUAACCUGCAACAGAGGUAUAGUUUCUGUAGCUAUAACAUUUCCAGUACUCGCUUCCAGCCCUACUCUAACAACACUAACAGAAACACAUAUAUUGAGACAUACAGGCAGUCUCAUUAAGCAGUUAAAUAUUCAGACUGAUAGACUGAUGAUUUGAGAUACAUCAGAUAAACCUACUAGUCUUAAAUCUUAAAGGUGUUCAUUAAUAUAGAUAUACCAAGCUCCAGGCCAGUUCUUUUUAUAAAAGGAGACUAGAGUGAUUAGGAGGCUUUACAUAAGUGCUCACACAAAUAGUCAAACAUCAGCAGCAUUCUGUGUUUUUAAAUAAGUCGAAUUUGUUUCCAGCAGAACUGGGACAGACAAUACCCACUUCAAUAUCCAUCCCUUAAACUUAUUGUAGUCUAUCAAAUAAUUUAAGUUGACAAUUGUUUUUGGUACCUAUUCACCUUCAAUUAAAAUUGUGGGAGAGUACUAGACUUAGGUCUACAACAUAAAGUUUAGUAUUCAAGCUCAAAAGAAAUACAUGUCAUUAAAUAUGGAUUCUAAUAAAAGGCUUAAGUGUAGAAUCAACACUGCAUCAUAGGGAUAGAGAUGGAUUAAAGACGAUUUCUAUGAAAAUUACAUUUUAAAAAAAAUUUGUUUGUGUGAUGUUCCUUCAUCUAUCCAUUGGGAACAUUGGAAGGAAUAAACUCUUAUAUAUCAUUUACUGAUCCAAAUGUGGUCAUGCUACUCAAGCAUAAUGUUUAACCUGUAAUAUUAGUGCCAUGACUUUAUGUACCAAAGAUAACUGUAUAUUUUUUGAUUUAAAACUAUUAUUUUUGUGUUCAGUUUUGAAAUAUUAAUGUGAGCUUUAAUGAUUUGUGUAUGAAUGAAAAUGUUGUGCCAGAUUUUAUGCAAAUGAAGCCAAAAGGCAAAAAUUAAUAUUCUGUGAUGAUAACAUUUAUUUUGUGCCAGUAAAAUAUACAUGUCCAGAAAGAAAAUAUUUUGUAUGUUAUUUACCAAAUAAUCAUCUUAGGAUAAUUAUUGUCCAUCAAUUCAUUUUUCAGGUGCCUGAUUAUUGUAAUGACUACGUUUUAUGUUAUUUGUUAUCAGUCACCUUAGAAACUGUUCUUCAGUAUUAACACGCUUUAUAAAUGUUGAUAUUAUUAUUAUUAAAUGUUGAUAUUCAGAUUCAAUCAAAGGUGCAGUAAACAAGAAAGAUGCAAAUCCUGAGUAAAUGUGUGCUCAUUGAAUUAUGACGAAGGGGAAGUAACUUCCUUUCUUGUACUUCAUUUCUUAUAUACAACUUUGUGCUUGUGAGAGAAUUGCAAGAUGUGAUGACAGAAAAGUUUUACAUCUGAUUUCAUUCUUGUACAUAGAAUUAUAUUCAUUUUAUAGCUUUCUAUAGUGCUAUGAAACGAGAGGAAAAAGUCCUUUCCAGGAUUAAAUAUUUUAAUUGCGCCAACUGUCAGUAUAUGAAAAAACUUAGAAUUAUUCAAAGAUUAUAUUGUGCACUAUUAAUAGUAAAUAGUCAGGCUGAACCCAGUGUUUAAAAAAUGUUCAAUCUCCUAUUAAAUAUGACAUUUGAUCAUUCCAUAAUUAGAUAUUAUAUCUACUGCAGCGCACAGUUAUGUCCUGUGAUGCCAAUGAGUAUGAAGUAUGAGAUUACUAUUGAAAAAUUGUGUUAAUGUUUUUAUAAUGUGUAGAUAUAUUUUAGUUGAAAUUGAUGUUAUUUUUUUUAAAAACAGAUUUAUAUUUGUUAAUCUUGGUUUUGUUUGAAAGUCAUAAUGCCAAUUCAAGACUGAUAGUCUAUAACUAAAGAUUAUACUUAAAGAUGCAUUAUGUAAGAAUUAGAUAAAAAGCUGGACAUUCUUUCUAUAAUAGUUCAAAAACAGAUAAUGAAAAAUGAAUAUAUUGAAAAUGUCAUUCAAAUGAAUUUAUUCUGAGUAAAGUUAUAAGUGUUUGAAGUUUUAGUAUAGUAUAGAUUGUUUAUUAUGGUAGCAAUAGUACUUGACAAUUGAAACUAAGUCUUAAUUAUCCACUUUAUCGUUAAAUUUUUAAACCUCGCAUGUGUUCUAAUUCAUUUAAAUCUCAGUCCUCCAAUAGUCUAGAGCAUUGAAUACAUGUUUAUAUCACAUUUGAUGCCAAAAUAAAGACCUGCAAUAUUAAGUUUAACUCUUGCAAAAUGCAUCUUUAAAAUACAAGGAAUGCAUCUUAUGUACAUAAUCAAUGAUACGACUGUUUGGAUUUAAAAGUUUUGUAUUCAAUUAAAAGGGAAGGGACCUCUCUAUAUUUGUAUCUUCAAUUCUGAAUGUCAGAAAUAUCAGCUGAUGUAUUUUGGAGAGGAGGGGAUGACAGAAAUACAUAUUGAUGUAGAGUCAGUACUUCUCAAACUAUUACCUGUAUUCAUCAAUUUCUUGCUCUUGAGAUUCCCUGUUGUAAGCGACGAGGAGUAGGGUUGCCUGUCCUACCUCAUGGGUUUUCUCCAGAUCCUCCUACUGCUAAAGACCCCUAUGCACAAGCAAAAUUACUGAAACAAAAUUGAACUGUGUGUUGUACCCAAAAUGACCUAGUUUGUGUGGAGUGGACGUUAAAUCCUAUUUCUCGCUCUCGCUCUUGAGUAGCCACAUAAACCCACUCCACCUGCCAUUUUAAGCUUAACUAAAUUAACGUCACAGUAGUUUAUAUUUUCUGUAUUUAUGUCACCUAGUCAUCAAUAUUUCUUUUUGUUUUUGUUAUAAAGAAUAUUUUAUAUAUUUUGUAAUUAUUCUGGUGUAAUUAUGAGUUCCUUUUCAUUCAUAAUUUGUCACAUGAUUUAAUCAUCCAAUGAUUUAAAGCAAAACGGUGAUCAUGAGAAGUGUUAUUUUUACAAUACUUGAACAAUUAGUACUAUGUCUGCCACUUUAACUUAGGCUGCAAGAUGGCUUGCUGAGCCUAACCAUUUACCUUUCCAUACUUCAUAGUUUGCAAACUUAGUACAAACUGCUCUUCAAAGUACAAACAAUGCAUGCCAAAAGAGCUCAAGUUUAGAUCAGGUAGAAGAAAGCUAAUGCCAUCCUGGUGCAAAACCUGAUCAAUCUAGUUUCAUCCUGACUGGUAAACCCAAUUAGCCUUACAGGCAACGGCCAUUGUUAUCGAACACAAAGCAGGAGAUUUUCGUAGUGAUUACUCUAUAUCAAUUCCAAAGUUAUGGAACUAUGAUUAUUAUCAUUUAUUUUGUUUCAAAAAUAAAGAGUUAAAUUUGAAUUAUA